AUGAUGGAGGAUAUGAACUCUUCGAUACGACAGGUUUUGAUUAAGCUUUUCGACGGCAGGACUGCCGUUUUCAACACUUAUGAUCACAAGACCGUCGGUGACUUAAAACACAAGAUCACCUCGGAUUUUGACUUGGAUUCAUCUUUCAGCCACUCUAUCUGGCUCGGGCUCCAAGAGCUGGGUGACGACAUUUGCCUCUCCGACCUUCUCCAGGGGCUCGACUCAAUCAACCUCACCCACCACCUCUGCCUGCCAGGUGGCGGCAAGAAGCGCAAGAAGAAGCAGUACACGACUCCCAAGAAGAUUAAGCACAAGAAGAAGAAGGUCAAGUUGGCCGUGUUGAAGUUUUACAAGGUCGAGGGCGACAAGGUCGUCAGGGUCCUCAAGGAGUGUCCCGCAGAGACUUGUGGAACUGGCGUUUUCAUGGCUGCUCACCACAACAGGUCCUAUUGUGGAAGGUGUGGACUCACGUACAUUCUCAGCAAUGCCAGCUAA